UGCUGACAUAUCAUGUCAUGCAGGAAUAUGAUGAUGACUUGAUGAGCCACUCUCCACCUCUUAAAUGCUUUACCCAAAAGAGAAGAAAAAAAAAAAAACCACUACAUGUAUCUUUAUUCUUAUCCGAAUUUCUCUUGGGCACUUCUCUUUUCAAACUUCUCUAAUGGCCAGCGCUUUGAGGCAGCCCCUCCACGCUUCUGGCGCCAUUCCGCCUGUGCAACUCUCUUACCCAAUGGCGAGGGGUAUUUCCUCAUUGCCUGUAGUAUUCGUCAAGGACAAAAAGCAACGGUCGUCGAAGCUGAGUGGAUAUUACGGCCACCGUCACCGAAACCUGAUUGUAAAGUUAGUGGGCAAGGCCUCCCCAGGAAAGGAUGACAUUAUGCCUGCUGCCGAUGACCCAGAAGAUGGAGUAUCGCUUGGUACCAUGAGAUUGCCUUCCAAUACUGAUCUUCAGAGAUUUGAAACCUUGCUGUUUCAGUGGGCGAAUAGCCUGUGCCAAGGAGCUAACCUGCCACUUCCUGUACCUUUGAAGAUAGAUAAAAUACCAGGCGGAGCUAGACUUGGUUUUAUUACAAUUGGAGAUGGAAAGACUGAAGUUCUGGUGUAUAUAGAUUGCUUAGUCUUCCCAGCAACAGAUGGUUCAGGUCCAAUUUUUCGAGCAAUAAGAAAUGGACCCUUAAAAGAUCAGUCUCCCCCUGGUGAGCCAAGGAUCAUGAGAAGUCUUCUUCAAGCCCUGCAGAAAAACGAUGAUGUUAUAGCUCUCCUUGAACAAAAUAUACGGUAA